CCGGUGCGCGGGCGGAGCGAUCAGCGCGGGACCAGGGCGCCGCGGGCACGGCGCAGAGCGCGCACACCCACACGGACGGCGGGGACCCGACGGCGGCGCCUCCGCGCUCCCCGAUUCCCUCCCAGCGCCCACCCGCCAGCCGGCCCGCCCAGCCCGCCGCGCACCCCGGGCUCCCGAUGGCGCCCGAGACCCGGGCGGCCCCGCGCGCGCGGUGCCCGCUGCCCUGGGCGGCGUUGCUGCUCCUGGCCGCGCUGCUGCCCGUCGUGUCCCCGGCGGGGGCUCCAGCUGACCACCCACUGAAGCCAAGGCACGUGAAACUGCUGUCCACUAAAAUGGGCCUGAAAGUCACGUGGGACCCACCCAAAGAUGCUACCAGUAGACCCGUGGAGCAUUACAACAUUGCCUAUGGGAAGUCACUGAAAAGUCUUAAAUACAUCAAGGUGAAUGCCGAGACGCACUCCUUCCUUAUUGAGGAUGUGGAGCCGGGGGUAGUGUGCUUUGUGCUGGUUACUGCAGAAAACCCCAGUGGAGUGAGCCGUCCGGUUUACAGAGCUGAAAGCCCACCUGGAGGUGAAUGGAUCCGGAUUGAUGGUUUUCCCAUUAAGGGUCCAGGACCAUUUAAUGAAACCACCACAGAAAAGGAAGUGCCAAACAAGCCCUUGCGUGUCCGAGUCCGAUCCUCAGACGACCGGCUCUCUGUUGCGUGGAAGGCACCGCGCCUGUCGGGAGCCAAGAGUCCACGCAGAUCGCGGGGUUUUCUUCUGGGCUACGGGGAAAGUGGCCGGAAGAUGAAUUAUGUCCCACUGACAAGAGAUGAGCGGACGCACGAAAUUAAAAAGCUGGCCUCGGAAUCGGUGUACGUGGUCUCCCUGCGGUCCAUGAACUCACAGGGGCAGAGUCAGCCUGUCUACAGGGCUGCCCUAACGAAACGGAAGAUUUCAGAAGAGGAUGAACUAGACGUGCCUGAAGACAUCAAUGUCCGGGUCAUGUCAUCCCAAUCCGUGCUUGUAGCCUGGGUGGAUCCUGUUUUGGAAAAACAGAAGAAAGUUGUUGCAUCAAGACAAUACACUGUACGCUAUCGAGAAAAGGGGGAAUUGGCAAGGUGGGAUCACAAGCAGACCUCCCACAGACGCGUGUUGGUCGAGAACCUGAUUCCAGACACCAUGUAUGAAUUCGCAGUCCGUAUUUCACAGGGUGAAAGAGAUGGCAAAUGGAGUACAUCUGUCUUCCAGAGAACACCAGAAUCUGCUCCUACAACAGCUCCUGAAAACUUAAACGUCUGGCCAGUCAACGGCAAACCUACAGUUGUCACUGUAGCUUGGGACGCACUGCCCGAGACCGAGGGGAAAGUGAAAGAAUACAUUCUUUCAUACGCCCCGGCUCUCAAACCAUUUGGAGCAAAGUCCCUCACCUAUCCCGGAGAAACUACUUCUGCCCUAGUGGAUGGUCUGCAGCCUGGGGAACGCUAUCUUUUCAAAAUCCGGGCCGCAAACAGGAGAGGACUGGGUCCUCACUCCAAAGCCUUCAUUGUCGCUAUGCCAACCGGUUCUGGUGAGUCCAAUGUGCAGCAGAAGACCCAUGCUGAGGAUGACUGGAAAUCUGAAAAGCCAGAAGCUUCUCCCAAAGCGCCCACUUCCUCAAAACACACUCAUUUGCCUAUUUCUCUGCGAGGCAGAAAUGUCAAAAACCCUCUUCUUGACUUGAAGAACAAAAUACUGGCUAAUGGUGGGAUGCCCAGAAAACCCCAGCUUCACCCUAAGAGGACUGAGGGGUUGGAUCUUCAGUUGACAGAAAUCACCGAUGAGGAGGGGCUGGAUUCCCGGGGGGACCCACCAAUGCUGCCCUCGGAGACCCAAGACCAGAAGCCACAGCAGAGGCCACCAAGUAGAUCUGUGUCCCCAGUCCUUGCUCCUGGGAGGACCCCAGUGAGGGUGCUGCCCCAAAAGGAAGGGGCAGACCGGGGUGGCUCCUCUCUGGCUUCCCACCCUCGUCCAGGGGCGUCCUCCUCUGCAGCACACACACCCAUUGAGGGUAGCCCUCACCGCCCUCCAGUGGCGCCCUCCACCAACCUGCCCCCCAGCCCUACUGACAAUGACUCCGUGGGCCAAGAAGAGGAGGAGCCAGCCGCAGACUCCCGGCACCCCAAGGACGCUGCCUCCCAGCGGCUGCCUCCCAAGAGCACCGCCCAGGCUCGGCCGGCCCUGUGGCCCAGCCGCCAGGCCACGUCGAGCGCCCUGCGGGACAGAGGCCCUGUGCACCACGGCACAAAACCAGCCUUGCCUGCGCGGAGAGCACCCCAUUUUGGGGGUAGGGAGGGAAAUUCGGGUGCUUCAGUCUCACCCUCGAAACUUUCUCUGCCCCAGGGAGGGUCAUCUCGGCUGCUGCCGACAGAGCCACACCCCGGGGCUCCCGUGUCCAGGGGCUGGAAGGAUGGUCAGGACGCCCCAGCCCCCAAGUCCGGCGCGCCAUCACAGUCCAAGUCUUCCUCGUCUUCUGGUCUCUCCUCAAGGACACCGGUGUCUGAGGGAGAGGGUGCCUCUGACGGCGAUGGUGACGGUGAUGCAGAAGUUAGAGGCAGGCAGGCUGAGGCCACGGCCCCCACGUCUCGGGCCCGGCUGCCCGCAGGUCCGCCUGUCUCUGGACAUUUCAGUUUGUUCAGAAACAAGCCCUUUGCUGCCCACACGAGAUAUCCAAGCCGCUUUGGCAGUGGCCGAGGACCCCGGUUGCAUCCCUCCAGCUCUCCACCGGCCACCGUAACCCCCAGAGGCCCCUGGAGGGUGAAUUCCCACCCAGCUUCGGACCCCAGGCGUGGCUCCGGUAUCCAUGGAGACGGCGCCGAGAGCGAAGCAGAGGACGAGAAGCCGCUGCCUGCCGCGGUGGUAAACGACCGCGUGUCUUCCUCCUCCAGGCAGCCCGCCUCCCUGGGCGUGGACCACCUAAGAAAAGGCCCGCAGAGAGGGGUGAGCGUUCCUCGGAAGGAGCCCCUGGCCGAGAACCCCAAAUCGGCCGGGACCGAGGCAGGUGCGCAUCCUCGGGGCAAAUCCCUGCCCUCCAAGGCGCUGGAUGUUCAACAGAGCACAGAAGUGGGUGUGGAGGGCGGCUCUCCGAAGGCGCAGUUGGCCCCCGCUCCGCGGCCUGCGACGCGGUCCCAGCACCACCCCGCGCCCGGCGUGCCCAAAAGGAUGGCACCCGGCCAGGGCCUGGGUGCGGGGGCCGCCGCUUCGGAAGGGCAGCCUUCCCCUGCGGUCUCCGUGUCGCAGCCACAGCCCCAAGGCCCCCCGAGCAAGGAAGUGGGGCGUCCGCUGUCCAAACCCAAGCCCGAGCUGCCCCAGGCUGGGCGUCCCCACCCCGCGGCGCAGGAAAGCGCCUCCUUCUCGGACCCCUACGCGGCCAGAGGCAGUCAGUCCCCCCACACGGCAAGCUCCCGAGGGGUGCUCCCCACGUCUCCGCACCAUCGGGACGAGGAUUCCGAGGGCAGAUCUGGCGGAAACCACCACGACAGCACCGAAGCAGAGGCCCGAGGCUCCCGGGCGCCAGCACACCUGGCCCAGGCCGGGGACCCCAUCCUGUCCCUUCCCAAGCACCGCCAGCUGGAGGCUCACGCAGGAGGCGCGGGCGACAGUCAUCUCCGCAGACCCCCAGGCUCCCCGCUGCGGCCCGGCAGCCCCCGCCACUACCCCCACGCCCGCCCGAGGGUCCCGGGCCGAGCGGGGCCCCAGGCUGUGGGGAGCAAGGACCGCGCUUCUCAGGCCGUGCCGUCCAAAAGGGAGCCCCUGACCUCUAAAUCUCAGCAGUCGGUCUCGGCAGAGGAGGAGGGUGAAGACGCGAUGUUUUUUAAAAGAGGAAAGGACGAGGACCCUCUGUCCUCCUCUGUUCCAAAGUGGCCCUCCUCCUCCAGUCCCAGGGGCAGCAAAUAUGUGGAUGGGAACAUCGCUAAGGACAAGACGGACCCUGCCAUUGUGCUCUCGCUUCCCAGGGUGAGCUCCCCCCAGGACAAGAACGACACUCCUGUGAAGCGUCCUCCUUACCCCCCUCCCAGCAGCUCCCCGAGAGCCUCACACCUCCCGCCCAGACACCCCCACCGCAGCCCUGCCACCCCAAGCCCCACCGCGGGCACCCCUGCCAGCGUGCGGUACACCACCCACGCCCCUCCUGUUUAUUCCUCCACCACCCCUAUGCUCUCCUUGCGCCAGCGCAUGAUGAACUCAAGAUUCCGGAACCCCUUCUCGCGCCAGCCUGCCAGAUCCCCUACCAGACAAGGUUACAAUGGCCGACCAAAUGUAGAAGGGAAAGUGCUUCCUGGUAGUAAUGGGAAACCAAGUGGACAAAGAAUUAUCAAUGGCCCUCAAGGAACAAAGUGGGUCGUCGAUCUCGAUCGUGGGUUAGUAUUGAAUGCAGAAGGAAGGUACCUCCAGGAUUCACAAGGAAAUCCUCUUCGGAUUAAACUAGGAGGAGAUGGUCGCACCAUUGUGGAUCUGGGAGGGACCCCGGUGGUGAGCCCAGAUGGCCUGCCCCUCUUUGGGCAGGGGCGGCAUGGCAAACCUGUGGCCAGUGCCCAGGAUAAGCCCAUUCUGAGUCUUGGAGGGAAGCCUCUGGUGGGCUUGGAGGUUGUCAGAACAACCACCCAUGCCCCCACUACAACUGCACGACCUACCACGAUGACCCCGAGGCCCACAACCACCACCACCCGCCGCACAGCCCCCACUACACGCCCAACCACCACCAUUCGAACCACUACGCAGACGACCACCACCACCACCACCACCCCUGAACCCACUACCCCCAUUCCCACCUGUCCCCCUGGGACCCUAGAACGGCAUGAUGAAGAUGGCAACCUCGUAACAGGCUCCAGCGGGGUCCCCGAGUGCUACCCUGAAGAAGAUGGAUUCUCAGGACUGGAGACUGAUACCGCAAUACCCACGGAAGAGGCGUACGUUAUCUAUGACGAAGAUUAUGAAUCUGAGACCUCGAGGCCACCAGCUACCACCAGGCCCUCCACUACAGCUGCGGUGUCUGAGGUCAUCCCGCCAGAAGGUGCCAUUAGCUCCUUUCCUGAAGAAGAGUUGGAUCUGGCUGGAAAGAAACGAUUUGUUGCUCCUUAUGUGACAUACCUGAGUAAAGACCCAUCAGCCCCAUGUUCUCUGACUGAUGCUCUGGAUCACUUUCAAGUGGAUAGCCUGGAUGAAAUCAUUCCAAAUGACAUGAGGAAGAGUGACCUGCCUCCUCAGCAUCCCCCCCGCAACAUCACUGUGGUCGCUAUGGAAGGCUGCCACUCAUUUGUCAUUGUAGACUGGGACAAAGCCACCCCAGGAGAUGUGGUAACAGGUUACCUGGUUUACAGUGCAUCCUAUGAAGACUUCAUUAGGAACAAGUGGUCCACUCAAGCUUCCUCAGUAACUCAUUUGCCCAUUGAGAACCUGAAGCCAAACACAAGGUAUUAUUUUAAAGUUCAAGCCAAAAAUCCACAUGGCUACGGACCCAUCAGCCCUUCGGUCUCAUUUGUUACAGAAUCAGACAAUCCUCUGCUUGUUGUGAGGCCACCAGGUGGUGAGCCCAUCUGGAUCCCAUUUGCUUUCAAACAUGACCCUAGCUACACUGACUGCCAUGGCCGGCAGUAUGUGAAGCGGACGUGGUAUAGAAAAUUCGUGGGAGUUGUUCUUUGUAAUUCACUGCGGUAUAAGAUCUACCUUAGUGACAAUCUGAAAGACUCAUUCUACAGCAUUGGGGACAGCUGGGGAAGAGGUGAAGAUCAUUGCCAGUUUGUGGAUUCACACCUUGAUGGAAGAACAGGGCCUCAGUCCUAUGUAGAAGCUCUCCCUACCAUUCAAGGCUACUUCCGCCAGUAUCGCCAGGAGCCGGUCAGCUUCGGCAACAUUGGUUUUGGAACCCCCUACUACUACGUGGGCUGGUAUGAGUGUGGGGUCUCCAUUCCAGGGAAGUGGUAACCACGGGAAGAUCAUGCUGAGAGCUCACCCGUCCAGCCGCCUUGACUAACUUGCACUAGGGACUGUGAGCAGGAAAAGAUAGUGUCCCAAGCCCCAUCGACCCUGGGUGCCGGCAAGGCCACGUGAUGGACACUGGACAUCUCAGGCAUCUCUGGUCUGGAACGCGGUCCUACUUCUUGGCCUCAACUACACACAGAAUUCAAUGUUGCUGUUAACUUUGCUUCUCCACAUGUUUUGAUUAUAAUAGCACCUGCCAGAGACAGCAGAAACACAGAGCUACAGGGGAUGCCCACUGACUCACUGCAGUCUUCACACUUUAUAGGCACAAAAUUCAGACAUGUCAGUGUCUCCAGGGAACAGCAUAAACAUGCUGGACUUGCUUCAUGGAAUGCUACACGCUUUCUCUUUUCUCACUGGACUCUUCUAAAAGUAGCCGAAUUUAAGCUUCAGGUAUCUCACUGUGCAGUAGAACUGAGUUACUAAAAACACCACCAAAGGAAAUAUAUCCUACUUAAGAUUUAUCCCGUGGGUGUACCCACUGCUAGACCAAAUGUAUCAAAUUAUAUUUGUAAAUUCUCAAUUUUGAUAUAUAUAUGUAUAUAGGCAUAUACAUAUCCUCACUUGUCUGCAAGAACAUUGAUUAAAGUGGCUACAUUUGUACUUGUUCACUAGAUAAAUGCGUGUGGGACUUUUUGGGGCAAAGGUGCUGUUAAUGAACGUCUUUUGGAAGUGUCCAAAGGACCUGUGCUCUGCCUAAUGAGAACAACAGAGUGAACGCUGCUCGACUC